AUGAGUCUGGUGAACCCUGGGACCAGAGCAGGACCUACUCCACCCAAACCUCAGGAGAGGGAGCAGUGGACCAGUAAAGUGGAAUUUAUCCUGGCAGUAGCGGGACACAUUGUUGGUCUAGGAAAUGUCUGGAGGUUUCCUUACCUUUGCUACAAAAAUGGAGGAGGGGUUUUCUUCAUACCUUAUAUUUUGUUCUUGUUCACCUGUGGUAUUCCACUCUUCUUCCUGGAGACAUCUUUGGGACAGUUCACCAGUCAAGGUGGAAUAACUUGCUGGAGAAAAAUCUGCCCUCUUUUUGAAGGCUUAGGCUAUGGCAGCCAAGUGGUUGUUUUGUACACUGGGGUAUAUUACAUCAUCAUACUGGCUUGGACAUUCCUCUACCUGUUUUCAUCCUUCAAGUCUGAGCUUCCAUGGGCGAGUUGUCACAACGACUGGAACACAGGUGACUGUUUUGAGUACAGUCACAAUCAAACAUCCUCUCUGCUUCUGCAUGGAAAUAGUACCUCUUCAGUCGUAGAAUUUUGGGAGAAGAGAAUCUUGGGGCUGUCUGGUGGAAUUGAAGAAAUUGGUAAUAUUCGCUGGGAUUUAGCUCUUUGUCUACUUCUUGCCUGGAUUUUGUGCUACUUCUGUGUGUGGAAUGGAGUAAAGACCACUGGAAAGGUGGUUUACUUCACAGCCACAUUUCCAUAUGUGAUGCUGGUGGUGUUGCUUGUCCGUGGUCUUACAUUACCAGGGGCCAAAGAGGGAAUAAUGUUCUAUCUCUACCCAGAUCCAUCCCGCCUCACUGAUCCAGAGGUAUGGAUGGAUGCUGGCAGCCAAAUUUUCUACUCCUAUGGAGUCUGCACAGGUGUUUUGACAUCUUUAGGAAGUUACAACAAAUAUAGCAACAAUUGCUACAGAGACUGUGUUUACCUGUGCCUGUUAAACAGUUUAACAAGCUUUAUAGCUGGCUUUGCCAUCUUUUCUGUCCUUGGUUUCAUGGCAAAAGAGCAGGGUGUGGACAUAUCCAUGGUGGCUGAAUCAGGUCCAGGGUUGGCAUUCAUUGCUUAUCCUCGUGCUGUGGCUCUAAUGCCCCUUCCCCAGCUUUGGGCCAUUUUCUUCUUUGUGAUGAUCAUCUUCUUAGGAUUAGACAGUGAGUUUGUAUAUCAAGAGGCGUUGGUCACAACCAUCUCCGACAUGUAUCCUUCCUUCUUUCAAAACAACUGCCGCCGCAAACUACUUCUUCUUGCCAUUAGUGUUGGAAGUUUCUUUGUUGGCCUUCUGAUGGUUACACAGGGAGGCCUUUAUAUAUUCCAGUUGUUUGAUUACUAUGCCUGCAGUGGGAUGACACUCCUACUUUUUGCUGUUAUUCAGUCUGUCUGUAUUGGAUGGAUCUAUGGUGCAGAUCGUCAUUAUGAUAAUAUAAAGGACAUGAUUGGAUAUCGACCGUGGCCUUUUAUGAAAUACUGUUGGCAGUACAUCACACCAGCUAUCUGUACUUGCACAUUUGUCUUUUCCUUGGUCAAAUAUACACCACUCAAAUUCAACAACACUUAUGAAUACCCGUGGUGGGGCUACGCCAUUGGAGGAUUCUUUACUCUCUCGUCAACUCUCAUGGUUCCUCUGUGGAUGCUGUAUGCUCUGAGUGUCACUCCUGGAACACUGAGACAGAGAGUGACAAUUCUGUGCACUCCAUCAAAAGAUCUGCCUUCUGCAAUGUCAAAGAAGUUGUCAAAUCAAGAAGCAUUUCAGACUUUCACAGGCUUGUACACACUCCGCGUGACAGAAAAUUCUGAAGACAGAGACGGCAGAGCUCAGAGAUCAUCUAUUAUUUAA